UGAGCAGAGAAGAAACCGGGAAGGUUCUAAGAGUACACCGGCCUUGUCGGUUUUUGCUAUUUUCUCUUCAGAUAAAAAUGGCUAAAUGGGGUGAAGGUGAUCCUAGGUGGAUCGUAGAAGAGAGAGCUGACGCCAAAAAUGUAAAUAAUUGGCACUGGACUGAAAAGAAUGCUACUCCUUGGUCCAAAGAAAGGUUAAAGUCACUUUUAAAAGAUUUAGAAAUUGAAACAGAUGAAGGAAAAGCUAAAAUAACUGAGGUUACCAAAAUCGAUGGAGAAGCCUACGCCAACAACAGAAAAGCAAAACUAAUAUUUUUCUAUGAGUGGGUUAUUACACUUGAAUGGACAGGAACUGUAAAAGACGAUGACAAAGUAUGGAAAGGAAAAAUAGAAAUUCCAAAUCUAAGUGAAGAAAAUGAUGCACAUGAAGUAAAUGUGGUAGUGACAGCUGACAAGGAUUCAGAAGCAAGUUACAAAUUAAAACAACUUAUAAGAUCUGUUGGUACAGGUCUGAUCCGAGAGAAGUUGGGGCAGUAUAUCAAGGAACUCAGACAAGAAUUCAGUCAAGGAAUGAUUCUACCGUCCAAAGACAGCCCAAUUUUGCAGAGAUCAUCUCCAAACAGUCAAGACAAUGAGACACUCAAAGCUGCUAACAACUUUUCAGCCGGUUCAGGGGAUACAAUUAAAAAUGAUACUGAUACAAGUAAAGUUGGCUGCCCCAUCUCUACCAAAAACCUGACCAUGAAGCAAGAAUUUCUCACAACUGCAGAAGAGUUAUAUGCAGCGCUAACAGAACAGCAGAGACUUGAAGCUUUCACCCAGAGCUCAGUAAAGGUGGAUGCUAGUCGUGGAGGAACAUUUGUACUGUUUAAUGGCAAUGUGUCAGGAAAAUUCCAGGAAUUGGUUUCAGAGGAAAAGAUAGUAAUGCUGUGGAGAUUCAAGAGCUGGCCUGAAGGACACCACUCCACAGUGAAAAUCACUUUGGAUCAGAAAGAUGACCGUACUGAGUUGACAUUAGUACAGACAGGCAUCCCUGAGGAAGAUUUUGAGCGCACAAAAAGUGGAUGGAAACAGUACUACUGGGAAGCAAUGAAACGAACAUUUUGUUGGGGGAUGCGAUACUUCUGACUAGAGUUUCUGUAUGACUUGGCAUUGUUUUACUUUGAGCAUGUAGUGGUGACCUAAACUGUGUGUUUAGUAUCUCAUUGUUGGACUUAGAUUGACUCAAGAUUUUGUAUGACCUAUAGGUACAUGUAGUUGGGAUAAUUUUUGUGGGUGGGGAAGGCAGGGAAAUAGAACAUAAACCUGUAUUUGCAGAGCUACUUAAUAGGGAGAAACAGACUCAACAAGAACCAUUGGAAAGUCUGCAACUCCUUGCCCUUCUCACCCACCUUGUGUUUCCCACUUCACAUUUCUCAGCGAAAGCUCAUAGAAGGAGUUUUAGAAGAAUUAAGACCAUCCCAUAAUACCAAAGGAAGCAGAGUUCUGCUUUAUAAUAACUUGUCCAACCAGCUCUGGCAAUCAGGAGGAAAUAAAGAGUAAAGCAAGUAGAAGGAAGGAGCCAGUAAGCAGUGUUAAAUCCCAAAAAGGCAGCUAUUAAUCAAUGUGCCUCUUUCCAUGGAGAACUUGGGUAAAUUAGGGUAACAUGCAUUCUCUUCAUUGAUUCAAUUUCAUCAGUUGCAAAUUUGUGCUUAACAGAAAGUCCAGGAUUGGGAAACAGAUGAAAACAUUAAGCAGGAUCUUUUGUGUGGCUGUCAUUAUGUAUGUUCUAUGUUAGCCAAUAAAUUAUAGUGUUGUUUUUUUGUUUUUUUUUUUAAGUAUCACCAUUGCCUUUUCAUGCAGAGAUAAAGUAAGUCUAUAGUAGGUUUCAAAUAGCAAUGAAAUAAUUGUUAUGAGAUCUGAUUGAGCUGCAAUUUCAUUGUCAGCUAUUG